AUGGCAGGCUUUUACCUAGGAGGCUCCGGUGACGGCUACGGCUACCAAAGAGGAGACGAACAAGAAAGCUUUUUCUUUUACAACAGAACUCGCCGCGAAGGGCAACCCAUAUGGCAACAACAAGAGCAACUUUUCUCAGUUCCUUCGGGCUCUCUGCUGGCCUUUGGUAGCGGAGGCGAUGAGCUCGCCGGCGAAUACAGAAAUGGAUUAAUAACUUGUCAAGAUUGCGGAAUCCAAGCGAGGAAAAAUUGCUCUCACAUGCGAUGCCAAGUUUGCUGUAAAAAUCGCGGCUUUUACUGCCAAACACAUGUAAAAAGCACAUGGGUUCCCGCCGCCAAACGCCGACAACGGAAUCAAAAGCUGGCCGGAGGAGAAAGCUCCAGAAGGGCUGUAGGAGAUCAAGGUGUGAUUUUUCCGGCGGAGGUUACUUUACCGGCGGUAUUUCGAUGCGUGCGGGUGAGACAAAUGGAUGAGACGGAGGAGCAGCUUGCGUAUCAGACGGCGGUGAGUAUAAAAGGUCAUGUUUUUAAGGGUUUGUUAUAUGAUCAAGGGCCGGUGCUUUCGUCGGCGGAGAACCAAAUGCACCUCGCCGGCGAGUGCUUAUCGGGCGGCGCCGCCGUGACAGCCGGCGGGUUUGCGCCGGGAAUGGAUAUUGGGGGUAGGACGGCGGUUGGCGGCGAUUUUGAAACGGAUAGUUCUUCGAUGUAUCCGAAUCCGGUUGGGGCUUUUAUGACAGGAACGCUGUUCUUUUCUCAACAAACGCAGAAGCAUUGA